AUGAGGAACAAUCCCUCUGCAUCACCAAGAAAUGCUUCUUCCCACUCGCUGUCUGUGCACACCACGGGAAGAAUUCAUAGAGGCAAAAGUAAAAUAUACGGGCUGAAAAACUUGGCCGUAAUAAUUGCAUUUUUGAGCGUGGGAAGAUUCAUAAUAGACAACAAUAGGGAGUUUGGGUUUCUUAUGUCAUUGCCUCUCCAAACACUUUCUCUGACGGAAUGCUCGUGUUUUCUUCUGACGAUUUUCAUGAGCUUUGUGCGCUCACUCCUUGGGUUCUAUAUAGAGGCGAGAGAGCUUGGAACUUUGCACAUAUGUCUGAAUCUAGGUAUCUUCGAGGUACUCGUUGCAUACUUGAAUCUAAAAUAUAUACGGCACAUCUACUUCUCAGGAUGGUCGAUGAUACUUGACGUUGUUUACAUAGCCAAGCUGAUAUCAUUCCAUCUUGUUGUUUGGGAGCUCAGAAGAGAUAAAAAGGCCAAUACAGCAGGGAUGUUGAGAGUCAGGCACUUUCUGUACUUCCUGGUUGUCCCUACGCUCUGCUUCCAACUAGACUUCCCUAUGAAAGCCAGGAGAAGCACCAGAGACAUCCUCUUGAAGACUGCACAGCUUCUACUGGGCUUUCUUCUCUUCGUCCUUGUUAUGGACCAGUAUGCAAUUCCCAGCAUAUACCGAAUAGUUGACUUCGAAGACGUAACAAUAGUGAUCGAAAACAUAAUCAAUCUUUCGAUAAGCACUAUAAUCCUGUUUCUGAUAUUCUUCUACACAGUGUUCUACUGUUUUCUGGAUGCAGUUGCUGACAUAACGUUGUUCUAUGACUCAUGCUUCUACCAGGAGUGGUGGAAUGCAUCUUCUGCAAAGGAGUUCUGGGCUCUAUGGAACAGGCCCGUGUACCUUUGGUUCAAAAGGCACGUCUAUACGCCCAUGAUCAGCAGAGGAGUGUCCAAGGAAAAGGCAGGGCUGGUCAUAUUCACGAUAUCCGGGUUGGUCCAUGAGUAUGUCGCUUCCAUCUCGAUAAAGAAGGCUACUGGGUGGUUUCUGAUAACAAUGCUUCUUCAAGUUCCUCUUAUCCAUGUCACAGAGUCAUUUAAAAAGAGAUUUCCGAGUUUGGGAAACUUCUUUUUUUGGGGAGCAUUUUGUGUCAUCGGGCAACCCUCUGUGAUGCUUUUGUACUACAGAUCUCUGUAUCUAAAGGAAUGCCACACUUAG